GUAUUAAAUAAUACGUACAUAACAUAAACACUAACCGGCGAAGAGAAAUGAAAGUUGUUGAAUUUAAGUGAUUUGACCAGAUGCCCUUAUGAUAGGUUAACUGAAACAUGUCACGACACAGAAAUGUGCGGGCGUUGAACUACGAAGAUGACUACUAUGACGAAGAUGAUGUCUAUGGACAUUCAGUGGAAGACAACUACUGCAUUUCACCAGGAACAGCGGAGCAGUUCACUUUCGACCGUGACCGCAAUGUGGCCCUGGCCAACUACAUGGAUGAGCAGGAGGUGAUACAUGAGGAGGAGGAGCCAGGGGAGGAGUUGACCCAGCACAGAGUGUCACAUGACCCAGCUAGGCCUACCCUCUCAGAGAUUGACGAAGCGCGGCUGAACUCGUGCCUUGACGAGGUGCGCAGUGUGCUGGGGGACAGUGUGCCUGAGCAUGUCAUUGUGGAGGUCAUCGUGAGGCACAACUUCAGCAUCGAGGGGGCAUUUAACGAGCUGCUUAAUCAGCAAGAGGCCCCAAAACCCCAGCGUGAACCUCGAGACAACAGACGGAACCGAUCUCAAGAACUAGAUUAUGACAAUACUGACUCUCAUAUGAACUCUAUCUCAGGGGAUGUGGUUUUCUCUGGCAUUCCUUUAAAUCCCUCAGGAAGUUUGAAAUUUGGACAAAGUUUGUCCACCAGUCCUUCAGUCCUCGAAUAUGCCAGAAAAAUUCCAACAAUUCCUAGUGGAAUAGACAAUAAGGGACCAGACCUUGGUCAAUAUAAAUCUUUAAUCAAACAGUUAGCAAAUAAUUCAGGUAAACAAACUCAGAUCAUUUGCUCAGAUGGGAAUGCGAACCAAAAUUCUAGUAGCUCACAGUCAUUACCAAAACCAGCCAGUGAGUCUAAAAUUGAACUGCAUUAUCUAUCUGGUAGCUCAAGCAUCAAAACAGCUGAUGAAACAAAUAAUAAUACUGAUCUCAGGCCCCCAAAGUCAUCUAAUGGUCAAGGUCAACAAACAUCAAACACUUUGUGCCAUUCCACUCCAACCAGUGGUCAGACAUUGUCUCUGUCUGAGCUGGCAGCUAAGCAUAGUGUCGAGAAAUCUCCUAGGCUUGGAGAUUCAUUGGCAGUCCUUGCUGAAGCCCACAAGGCAAAGCUUCUAUCAAGCCCAGAUCAGAUGAGUAGCAAAGUUAGUUCAUUAGCUUUUAUACCAAGUACAUCACCCCUGACUAAACAUGCCUCAGACAAAUUAUCCAAUGGAGAUCACCUAGUGGAGUUUUCAUCGGUUCCAUCAAGCAUUUCAUCUCACCAAAGUACAGAUAAACCGUUAUUAGCUGACCUAGCCACAGUUAAUCUCUCUUCUACGGGACUUAGUCCAAGUUGUGGACUCUCAACUAGUGGUCUAACCUUAGCUGACCUUGCAAAGAAGCAUGUGUCAAGUGCAGGGGCUUCGCCAUUGUCUUCCAAGUUAUCUUCAGUUUCCCCUGCCUUUGGAAGCCCAGUGCCUACAGCUUCUCUUUCCAAAUCCACUGGAUCAACACAGGUGUCAGGAGUGUCUGCUAGCAGCUCAUCAGUCUCACCUGGAUUGUCAUUAGCCCAACUGGCUGAGGCCCAUGGUGCUUCAAGGUCUAGUGUUACCAUUCAAAAGAAAGUGGAAGGACAAUUAGUGGGUCUGCCUGAAUCUGGAUCAAUGUUAUCAGCCAGUUUGCUGUCAAACAAAAGCGAUAAAACACAGAUAAUGCUCUCAUUGUCUAACUUGGUGGAAAAGCACAGCCUUGUAAAAGCAAAGCCUACUGCAAAAUCUGCAAAUUUAGUUGAAGAAGGUAAGACCAGUGAAAGCAGAGGAGAUGUUGAGGCUAUGUCUACAGAUGUACAGAAGUUACAGAUGCAAACAUUGUCUUUGGCAGAUCUCAUUAAACAUAAAACAACAACGGCUAAUCCUCUAGGAAAUCAUGGUAAAGGUGCCAAGGUUGAUUCUCAAAGUCUUGAAGACAAAGUUGUCUCUGAUCCAAAAUUGAAACAUAUUGCAGAUGAGAUUGUUCAAUUAGAAGAUGAUUUGGGAGAAAUUCUGAGUUUGAACAAGGAUGUCAGUUUUGAAUGUCCAAAGCAUAUGUUGAAAGGUCCAUCAGUCAUUGGGAAAUCGCUGCUGUUUGUUGUUGAGCAUCAAGUGCAGGCAUCUAGAAAGGCUGUUGCAUAUAAGCAUAAAGGGUUUCAAUACAGCUGUCAGGCUAGAAAUUGUAGAAAGAAGAUUCAGGAAAUAAAAGUCAAUGAAGAAAUUAAUGUAUUUGAUUAUAAAAAACCUUCUCCAGAUGAUAUUGUCAAAGAAAGUCAAAAACAGGCAUUCCACAGACGUAGUGAGAAGUAAGCAUUUUGUGAGGAGAAUAUGAACAAACAUAAACUGACAAUGAUAAAUUAAAAGAAUGUGUGUUAAAUUUGGAGUACCAAACUUCUUACAGAAGAUAUGAAAUGUCGUUCAAAUGAAUUGGUUAUACAUGUAUUUAACUUAAAGGUUGCAAGAUUGUUGUAGCAGUGAACAAAUAAUUUAUGUUUGUGAAUGAUUGUUUGAUUGUUUACACAUGAUGAUCACUCCAGGAAUAUACAAUAUUGUUAUGUUACACAUUCUUCACGAUGUGCUUGACAUCACUAUGUAAACAUUUGUAAAAUUGCAGUAAUUGUUUUCUAAGUGCAUGUAAAUAUAUGAAGAUUUGAUUUAUUCCAGUUAUCAAUUUUCCAUUUGGUCUCCGGUUAAUAUGCUACUACUUCCAUAUUGUUUGCUUAAAUAAUUCAUGUAUUAUCUACAUACAUUUUUGUACAUUUUAUUGGGCAAACAAAUUAAUAAUCAUUUUUUCUGAGCUACAAAGUUUACCUAGUAAAAUUGGAAAAGGGCAGACAUUAUUAACGGCAAAUUAAUGAUCUCAAUGGUGUGUUGUUUAUUGCAUACAUGUGUGUGUGUGUUAUAUUGUAUAUACAUUUGCCUAUACUGGUACAUGUACUUUCCUAACUGUAUGUUAUACUCUCUUUUUUUUAUUGUGAUUUGUACAUAGAUUUUUAGUGUCUGAUUACUGUUUCCUUGUUUUGAUUGAUUUCUUUAUAUAAUGAAAUGAAUGAAAGCUCAUAAUUUUAAUUAAAUUGUACAUUGAUUUGUUUGCAAAAUAAAUAACAUUUCUCUUGACAUAAUCACUGUGGAGUGAACUUAGAGCUGUUUUCUUAUCAGUAUAUAGAGGUAGAUAGUAACUCAUUGUGUUUGUUUGACUAUAGUUUAAACACUUGAAAAGUCAUAGUAUUUGGGGAAAUCAAAUACAAACUUUCUGUUAAUAAAAGUAAAACUUUUUCCUUACUACUUUGAUCAAAUUUUCCAGAUUUAAAUAGUGUUGCUAUGAUGUAUUUGAUUUGUUUGUCUAAAUGUCCGUGUUAUUCUGCUAUUUGUCUAUGUUUCAUGCUUUUCACAUGGAAGAUGUCCAAAAGCCAUCAAUCAACAGUAGAUAAAAAACAUAAAAAAACUAGCUCUAUCAAAAUACUAUUGUAAUUAAUUAGUGUUUUACGGGAUUGACAAUUAUACAAACAAAAGCAAUGGGGAAAUAUGUAGCAUUUGAUAAAUUGCAUGAUUUUAAUUUGGAAUUACAUUUUAGUUUGUAUCAUGCAAAUCAGUUAAAUGCUAACAUCUAAUUAACAUGUCUAUAUACAUGUUUCUGAAAUGCUGUCUGAACAUUUUGUACAGUAUAUGAAAGCCUGUUACAUUUAAUUCAGAUAAAUACAAAAAUGUAAGUGUAAACAGUGGCCUGUUUUAUGUUUGGUCAAAGACAUGUGAGAUUUUCAUAUGAAUGUAAGAUAUAAAAUCAAAUUAUGUAUCCAAAUAUGCUAAAUUUGCUAAGAUGAUCAGUACAGUAUUUCUCAUCACAAGGAAAAUACAAAUAUUUGGAUCUUGGUUAUUUUGCUUUGGUGGUUGCUGAAAGGGAACAAACAAUAAUUUAUUUUAUGCAAAUGAGAGGUCUAUCCAAUGGACGUUUUUAUGCCCCCGGAUCGAAAGAUCGGGGGUAUAUUGUUUUUGGCCUGUCUGUCUGUGUCUGUCAUUGUGUCAGUCAGUGAUUGCAUGUGUGUGUCACAAACUUUAACCUUGGUUAAAGUUUGAUAACUUCUGCAAUAUUGAAGAUAGCAAUGUCAUAUUUGGCAUGCAUGUGUAUCUCAUGGAGCUGCACCUUUUGAGUGGUGAAAAGUCAAGUUCAAGGUCAUCCUUCAAGGUCAAAGGUCAAAUAUCAUUGGAUUUUUCGUUCCUAAAACUUUAUCCUUCGUUAAAGUUUGGUCAUAACUUUUUGAAUAUUGAAGAUAGCAAUUUGAUAUUUGGCAUGCAUGUGUAUCUCAUGGAGCCGCACAUUUUGAGUGGCUAAAGGUCAAAGGUCAAAUGUAUGGCUUCAAAGCGGCGCAAUAGGGGGCAUUGUGUUUCUGACAAACACAUCUCUUGUUGAAUAUUUGUAAUUGCAUUGUAUGUUUGUUUAUAGAUAUAUAUUAAAUAUCAAAUCAAAAUGUCAAAUGAAAUUAAAUUGCAAUCUUAUUCUCAUUAAGUUUACAUGUUGCUAUAUUAAAAUGCUUCUGAUACUAUUUUUGUGCUUCUUAGAUGAUGUUUGUAGACAUUUAUUGCAGUACACUGUAGUAGCAUAUUAUAUAGACACAUUUAAAAAAAGUGUAAUUUUCAAUAAUUAUUUGUUUUAAAAAAUAUAUAUUUUUUGUAAAAAUUUAAUCUAGCUUCACUUUUUGAAGAUAAGGCAAGCUAUUGUAUAGGACCCAGCGUUGGCAUCUAAGCUUUGUUUAAUUUGUUUCUUCAAAUAGUUUCUCAGGAAUGGUAAAAUGGCUAGAACUAUUUCAGGUAAAACUAAAAAUAUGAGUUGUAUUCCCCAUAUUCAUAUAAACUCACAAAGCCAAGUUUAGUAACUUAUUGACGUUUUUCAAGGUUAAAAGGUUACUUAUGCACAGUAUAGGCAGGUUAAAGUUUUUGGGUAAGUUUGUUGCUCAGGAAUGGCUGAAGGGAUUUCAUUCAAACUUGAAACAUGCAUUUUUAGCUCAUCUAUUUUUUAGAAAAAAUAUUAUGAGCUGUUGUUAUCACCUUGGGGUCGGCAUCUGGUUAAGUUUUGCGUUUAGGUCCACUUUUCUCAGAAAGUAUCAAUGCUAUUGCAUUCAAACUUGGUAUACUUACUUACUAUCAUGAGGGGACUGGGCAGGCAAAGUUAGAUAACUCUGGCGUGCAUUUUAACAGAAUUAUGUGCCCUUUUUAUACUUAGAAAAUUGAAAAUUUUGGUUAAGUUUUGUGUUUAGGUCCAUUUUAUUCCUUAAGUAUCAAAGCUAUUGCUUUCUUACUUGCAACACUUACUAACUAUCAUAAGGGGGCUGUGCAGGCAAAGUUAUGUAACUCUGACUGGCAUUUGGAAGGAAUUAUGGGCCCUUUAUACUUAGAAAAUUAAAAAGUUGGUUAAGUUUUGUGUUUUGGUCCACUUUACCCCUAAAGUAUCAUAGAUAUUGCUUUCAUACUUGGAACACUCGCAAACUAUCAUAAGUGGACAGUAAAAAGACAAGUUGCAUACUCUGGUUGUAAUUUUUACGGAAAUAUGGCCCUUUUUUGACUUAGUAACUUUGAAUAUAUGGUUAAAUUUUGUGUUUCGAUCCACUUUACUUCUAAAAAAUCAAGGCUAUUGCUUUCAACGUCAAAUACCAUCAUGCUAUCAUGAGGUUACUGUACCUGGCAAGUUGAAUUUUACCUUGACCUUUGAAUGACCUUGACUCUCAAGGUCAAAUUAUUAAAUUUUGCUAAAAUUGCCAUAAC